UAAUGCAAAAUUUCGUGGACACUCAGAUUUUAUUCCUUGUGGUAAUUUCGCCUUGUCCUAUUUUUAAGAGGGACAAUCGCACAGGCCGAUAGCAUAAACUGGACUCCAACUUCUGGGAAAUUAAUGUCAGCGCCAUCUGCUGCUGCUGGCAUGAAAAUGAAAGGCUGAAUGCAGAAUUUUAUUGUCCGGGUGAUGUCGGUGCUAGUUUCAACAGGAUCAAAUAGAGCAUAUUUGUUCUUCAGUGAACGCUGACGAAGCUUACGAUUAAACAGCUUUGCCCCUCCUGACUGUCGCUGCUCAUAGGAGAUAUUUUUGAAAAUUGUUUUAGUUCUAUUGAUACUACAUUAUUUGAAAAUGGCUGGCACUGAUAAGGGUGAUAAUGAUGUUGAUGGGAAAGCAGCAAAACCUGGUGAUGUUUCACAACAAAAAGACCCGGCUGAAGGCAACCCACCUGCAGCAGACCCCACAUCCAGCCAAGCAGCUUCCUCUUCCAGCAUGGAUAUAGAUUCCACUGCUGACACAUCAGCUACAGCCAGUGGCAGUCAAGCAGCCUGUUCCACUAAGUCAUGCGUUUCUGAAACGGCAAGUUUCCGUCCAAGAAGCCCAGAGCACUCUCCCAACAUUGAAGAUGUUGACUUUAAAGUAAUAUUCAGCAAGAGCAAGUAUGAUAUAACAUUUCCCCUGGAUGAUACAGUAGCACAAUUGAAGGAUCACCUAGAAAUCAUCACUGGUGUUCCUCGAACAAUGCAAAAAUUGAUGAUUAAGGGCUUGGCUAAGGAUUCAUUUACCCUUCGUGAAGCAGGUGUUACAAAGGGAUCUAAAAUCAUGCUAGUUGGCUCUAAGCUUGAUGAUAUCCUAUCUGUGUCCACUCCUAGCAAAGAGGAGCUGGAGCUGGAGAAAAGCAGCUCUAAUGCAAAGGAGCCCUUAUCAAAACAAAAAAUACACAAGAAAGUGCUUGAUAAAGGUGUGCCUGAUGAUGUGAUGCCUGGCAUUCUUAAUAACAAGGAAGCAUUACCACCCUUCCCACUUUCUGGAAUGUUAAAUAAAUAUGGUGGAAAAGUUCGGCUCACGUUUAAGCUUGAGCAAGAUGAAGUUUGGAUUGGAACUAAAGAGCGAACUCAAAAAUUAUCCAUGAACUCCAUUCGGGGCGUAGUAAGUGAACCAAUAGAAGGACAUGAAGAGUAUCACAUUUUAGGAAUUCAGCUAGGUCCAACAGAGGCCUCUCGGUAUUGGGUUUACUGGGUUCCUGUGCAGUACAUUGAUGCAAUUAAGGAUACUAUCAUGGGCUCAUCAUGGAUUAUCUAAGGAAUCCCUCUGCCCCCCUGUCCUAGUUUGUUUGCGAGUUUGUGACUCAAGCACUUCUUUCUCCAUUGCCAAAGGGUUUGUUGUUUGUUUUUCUUUUUUUGCUUUAUCUCAAGUUCUGCUUUUCCAUAGCAUCAUUGUCAAUGGAAGUUCAAUGAUGGAGAUAGUACAAACUGCUAUGUACAUGUUAAUACCAAACCUUUCUUUGAAAAAAAAAAAAAUCGAUUGUUAUCUUAAAAGUUGGUUGUGUGUGCUGUACCUAGUUGAUUGAAGUGCAUUGUUUCUCGUGUAUUUAAUUACCAUUAGGAAUUCAUUGAUAUUAUUGUGUCAGAUUAUAUGGGUCUGGAGCUAACAAAAAGGUCAUUUUGUGUUGUUGUUUUUCUUGUUUUUUUUUUCUUUCAAAAGUAUUCUUUUUUCCUUGACUGAAAACUUCUUGAUCUGUGAUUUAAAGGAUCUGUGCUGAACAGAAAUCCCUUUCUGGGUCUUAAACAUUAACUCCGCUAGCAGAGCAGUGUUUUCCCCAGCUGGUCUCAAGACGCCUAGAUUACUUUUUUUUGAGGAAGAAGGUGAAGAACUUAAUGAAGGUUUGUGGAUUUUUGUGACUUAAUCUUAAGCAGUUUUCAGUUGUCAAUUGUGAAUGUGUGUAACUGCAAUAAGAAACUGUCUUAACAGUCUUUCCAAAUUUAUACAGUAGUUUUCACUAUUCUUUUUUUAUUUUAAAAUAAAUUGUCUUCUAAAGCAA